AUGAAUUUGCUACCAAAAUCGACGGCCGACUUUGGGUCGACCGAGUAUUGGAACAACUUUUUCCGCAAACGUGGAAAACAGGCAUUCGAGUGGUAUGGUGAAUAUCCGGAGCUAUGCGACCAGCUGCAUCAGUACAUCAAACCCAAGGAUGAAGUACUCGUGGUCGGUUGCGGCAACUCGAAGCUAAGCAUGGACCUGUACGAUGUGGGGUUCAAAAAAAUCACCAACAUCGACAUUUCGCCUGUGGUCAUAAAACAGAUGCAGGAAGCAAACCGUUCUACACGUCCCGAAAUGACGUGGAACCAGAUGGACGCUACAGCCAUGUCCUUUCCCGACGAGUCGUUCUCCGUCGUGCUGGAUAAGGGUACGCUCGAUGCACUAUUUACCGAUGAGUCAACCGCCGUGGUAACCCUGGUGCAGAAAUACUUUAACGAAAUUGGCCGUGUACUGCGUGCGGCUGGUCGGUACAUUUGCAUAUCGCUGCUCCAGGAACACAUCCUUCGAAAGGUGGUAGAUCACUUUCCGGCCUCGCACUUUAUGUUACGAAUUGUACGGUGUCCGGAAGCCGGCAAAGGGCAAGGAAAAGAUGAAUCCCCCAAUGGGGACGGUUCAUCGCUGGUUGUGUUUGCCAUUGUGGCAACAAAGUUGAAAAAUAUCCCAAUGCGUAUUCUCGAGCUCGGCCUGGCCGGUACGCACAUCGAACGGGUGCAGCGUCCCGAAGAGCUGUUGGCGGCCGUAGCUGCCGCCCAAAAGGCGGCCAUGGUCUGUAAUGGGCUGGCGCGUGGUAGCAUAGCCGGUAUGGCGGAGGUUUCACUGGAUCUGUUUGCACCAUCCGAGAAGCAGACGCCUCGCUACACAAUCCACGUACUGGAUCAGCCACCGAAACGGGGCAACGGAAAGUAUGCUGCAUUCAUAGUUCCCCAGGGCCGGGAAACGGAAUGGCUCUUUGCAACACCGGCUGGUCGUAGGAAAUUACAAGAAUCGGCAAAGUUUGAUCGUUUAGCGAUCGUAACACUGCACCGAGGACACGUGUACAACGAUCUGGAUGCGGUUAAGACGGAAUUGGCGGAAAGCGUAAAAUCACUCGCACCGAAUGGCCUCCAGGGUGCUUCGAUACCCUAUCUGUCCAUCGGUGCCGAGGUGGGCCGCCGUGAAACGAUCCACUCCGGCCGUAGUGAACUGUCCGGCGAAUAUGUCGUGGAGGAAAUUGCCGGUGAAAAUGGACGUCUGUUCAGGCGGCUAGUUUUCCUUGCCAACCAGUCUGUCGUACAGUCGGAAGCGGCCCUGAAAAUGGCCCGUGUACGUGGCAACCGAGCGGCACAGAAGGUGAUUGAUCCGGGGUACCUUGCCUGUCAACAUCACCUAUUCAUGACAGUGGGCGUACAGCUAGCGUCAAACAUGACCACCGCUAGCUCAAGCAACAACUGUCCGGUGGCAGUGGUUGGACUAGGUGGCGGAGGGCUCUGUACGUUCAUCCGCGAGUGUUUAAAAAAGACCACAAUUACGGCAAUUGAAAUCGAUCCUGAAAUAGAACAGAUUGCGGUGAAAUAUUUCGGCCUAACACUCGACCAACGUCUACGCGUCGUUAUUGCCGAUGGUAUCCAAUUUCUGGCGGAUGAAGCAGCCCGCGAUGCGCACUAUUCCGCCCUGCUGUUUGAUGUCGACAGCAAAGAUCCGACCGUGGGUAUGAGCUGUCCACCGGCUGCCUUUCUCGAGCGCGCUGUGCUGUGCAACGUACGCAAGCUAAUCGGCGAAACGGGACUAUUCGUGCUGAAUCUUGUGUGUCGCAACGAGAGUCUGCGGGAAACGACGGUUGAAUCGCUGAAGCAAACGUUCCGUUACGUUCUUUCGUACCAGCUCGAGGAGGAUGUAAAUGAAAUUUUCUACUGUACCGACAAUGAACGGCUAAAGGAGGUGUCCAACUGGCAGGAGCUACUGCGCAUAGCGGCUGACAAUGUGAACAAACUGGCCCGGAAGGAAAAGUUAACGCUCGAGCAGGAACUGGUCGAUUUAAGUGACUUUAUCACUGCCCUUAAAAUAUAG